AUGGCUGACCAACUCCUAAAUUUAAUCAUAACGACAAAAGAACCCUUCGAACCGAUCUUCUCCGAGUGGUUCUUAAAACAAAUCAAAAACAAUUCGACUUGUACAUUGGAAGAAUUUGGAUUAUUCUUCCUAAAUUUUAUUCGCCAACAAACCGAGGAAUACACGAAAACUCCAGGGACACCUAAGUGUGUUAGUAGCCCCGUUGGUAAGGCUAACAUUCGAAGAGAUACAAGUGCCACACGUACGCCGCGGAGAAUUUUCCCAAACAAUUCGCAACAACAGCAACAAAUAACUCCUGAUAAUCGUUUUAGAGGUGAUGAUUCCUUCCAAUUGCGAAGCACUCCCAUUAGGAAUACCUCACUGUUGAAUGAGAAUCUCAAUCAGUCAAAUCACAAAGGUUUCACAUCGACUCCACACAAGAGUUUGAACAAAUCAAGUGGCGGCAAUGGAUCUAAUGACUUCAAUCGCAGUAGCAACAGCAGUGGAUUCUGUUUGGGUGACUUUAUAGUAUCGAAUUCCCGGACAAGGAAGAAACAACAACAGAAGGACUCUUCGGCGACAAAUAUUUCUGAUGGUAAUAUCUCGGAUCCCAAGACUAAGAACAAGACUGAAAAGCCAAAGAAGAGAGUAGUGCCAACGCAGGUGAGCAAAACUUCAGUGGCUGCAAACAACUCGUUCAGUAGUCCGACUUUCAGCAGCGAAAACAACAUACUAAAAAUGUUCAAUGAUGCCGAAAUCGUCGACAAAGGAAAAUGUUCCGUGAUGGAAGCAAGAAAAUCUCUCAAAUCGAACAUUUUAGAGAUCAGCAAAGAAAUCGAAGAAGAGAAUCGUCCCAACCUCAUCAAUCAAAGUUUGCGGGAAGCAGUUAAGAGAAUGGAGAAAUUGAAUAUGGAGAAUGAUGGAGAGAGUUCGAUUGUAGAAGAACCAAAAAUCGAUUUCACAAAACUGACGCAUCGUCGAACUUUAGAUUGCUUGGCUGAGAUAUAUUCAUUUCUAAUCGAUGUCCAUAUUACUGCCAAUGUUUUGAGUGAGCUGUCAUACCUGCUGGGACUUCUCAACGCCGAUAAUAGCUUCUCUGCUCAAUGCCUAACUCCUCAAAUCUCCUCAGAUAUGGAAUUUCAUUUAGACGAAAAGCUAAAUGUCAUCAAUCGCACAAGUAACGAAGCGUAUACUGCCUUAAAAACCCUCACGAAUUGCAUGUAUUUUUCUUUGGAAGUUCUCAAGCGACAGAGGCAUCUGUUGGCCUUGUUGGAUGUGAAGACCCUGAGGGUUGUUUUGAACAAUGAUCGUAUUAGUGACCUCGCUGCGGAUCUCAAAGAAUUCCUCGAGAAGAUCAUGGUUGAAAAGCAGCAGCUGGAAGUUAAGAAAUCAUCAUAUGAAGCAUCAUUCCGCAUAAGUAAAACCUUCAAUAAUGUCUUCUAUCAGGAAGAAAACGACACGAAAAACAAUUUUCCCAAUGAUAAAGAGUUCAGUAAUUUCAAAUCGCAACGGGAUCAAUUUUACACGAUUUUUAAGUGUUGGGAUUCGAAUCAUCUCAGUCACACUUGGAACUUUCGUACGGAACUCCAUACAAAAAUUCAAGUUCUCUUCAAUAUCAGCGACCAUCCUAUCAAUAUGGCACAUUUGGCAAAGCUUUUCGUUUCGCAGCUGUUAGUUUCGUCGAACUACAAUGAGACAUCGCCCACUGACAUUGGGGUCGAAUUGAAGGCACACGUGGACCUGCAGAAGUUCAGUAAACUCACUCAGAGGCUUGUCGAACCAAGCAAUUUUAGUAUUGACUAUCAAUUCCCGGCGAAACAGGCUUUUUUCAAGGACUUUCUUCUCACCUCGUCGUGUUUGGCAUUUAGUGAGCAAGUGAAGAUUGCGCUCUUGGCUGAGUUGGUUCAAUUGAACAGUUCCACCUAUGAAGUCAUCAAUUUGGCAUCGAAUGAAAGCACUGACUCUGUGAUGGAAUAUGUUGUGCGUCCAGAAGUUCUAUCUACAAUGCAAGUGCUGGCGAAGUUCUUAGGUCUGCUGCAUGCACAACCGUUUCUUUAUUCUUCAUCCAGUGGCUGUUUGAGCAUAGACAAAAAACAGAUCGAGCUGAGAAACAUGGUGCAACCGGGAUUUGAUGUCAUGGGUAUGUUGAAGGUGGCAGUUUCAGAAAGGAAACUUCUCAUAACAAUUCCAUGGAUUGUGCAGUACCUAGCGAUGUUGGAUCAUAUAACGUUACAGUUGGACUACUAUCGAAAUGUGCUACACUUGCUCUAUGAGCUUUACAUCUAUUUGGGGGGGAAAGCGGAUCUGCUGCGGAUGCGACCAACGUCGGUGUUUAUUCUGCAAACCUGCUUAGGAUGGUUUUUUGAGGGAACCAAUGUCGCCGAAUCGUAUUACGCUUACAGACAAAAUCGCACUGUGUCAUUCAGCCAAUUAGUCGCCAUGAAAGAGAUCUCUGUGCUGGUACCAAACGCAUUGGUAUCGGAAUUUGCACACAACAAAGACAAGCCAAUGGUUGUGAAGAGUAUAAAGAAAGAAAUCAAAGAAGAAGAAGGCUUCGUAGUGGCCUUGGAUCAAUGUGAAAGGGUCGAAGAUACUUACGACGAUGAGUAUGCAGUAAAACGAACAAUUGGUCAGUUUGAUCCGAUGCUUGAAUGCAUCUUAAACGUAGCGUGUCCCUUUCUAUCUGAGUUCCGUGUCAAUAUAAUGCCGUUAAAGUAUUCCAAAUGUGUGUCUCGCAGCGGGCGCUAUAGACAUGUUACACCGAAGAUAUCUGAAAUUACCAGCUCUCAGAGUCCUAAACACCAACCAAGCCAAGAUAGCCAAAGCAAGUUAAUAGAAGCUUUCCUGCACUCCCAGAAUUUAUCCGUCCGUCGAAUUAUUGAAUUUGUUAUUGAGCGAACAACUUCGGCAGUCAUCAAAGACGCUCAAAUAGAAAUUCUUCUGCCAUCGAAAACUGAAGCUAAUAUCAAAAUCCAAGACAUUACUGCAACAGAUAUUCUAAAAGUAAAGAAGGAGAUUCUACAAAUUUAUACUGAAGCAAAUGAUGACGCCAUCGCCCGAUGGAAUAAUGAGCUACCUUCAAUGGUGGAGUCUCGAGUGAAAAUGGCACUGGAUGCCUUAUUGCCUCAUGAAACUCCAGAAGUCGUUAAAACAACAUGUCUCUCUCUAAUUCUGCAAAAAUGCCAACUAAAAAUCAACGACUGGAGGACGACAAACUUGAAAAACAUUGAUUUCUAUAUCAAGGGCAUUGAUGUUACGGUGGAUAAGAUCGUUAGAACAAAUACGCUCAAGCAAAAGCCAUUGUCAACGAAUCUUGAAAUAAUUGUUGAUACACCUUGUUUAUCUGACGUGUUGGAAGAUCUACAAUUCUGGAUGCAUGCAUCAUCAAGACGACCUGAACUUGUUGAAGAGGGUAAAAUCAAGAUGUUCCUGCAAGACCUACAAAAAACUUUUGACAACAUCCUACCGCAGUCGUUCUAUCGCAUAAUUGGCUCCUCCGUGGUCAACUUAAUUCAGAAUCUUAUACAGAAUCAUAGUCAAAUAGUGUCGAGGGAUUUGAUAAAGAGUCUAACUGCCAUUUGGACUGUUGAAGGAAUGCAUACUUUUACCCAAUGGUAUGGCAAUACUCCUUCGUCCAAAAAAAUGCUUGGUUCAAAGCAAAACAGCGAAGAAGAAGAUACAUCAUCUGAAAAACAAAAUCCAUCAACGAAUUUAUUCUCCUCGCUUAUAACGAUUUCAUUCGUGCGAUCUCUCAAGACCGAUGAAUCAUUCAAUAAGCUUGAACUUCUACUUUUGGAACUGAUCGAAAACAAUGUUAUUACAAUUGAUCAUUUAAAUGAACUCUUUGUGCGGAUAUUCAAAGUUGAAUGGAACGAAAAAAUCCUUAGUAAAAUAUCAGCUUUACUACAAACCGUAUCCGGUAAAAGAAACAAAAAACUGAAAGAAGACGAUGGCCGUUCGAAUUUGUUUAUGGAAGCCUUAGCUGAUUUUUCCAGAGACGUAGACUCGUUUUAG